UUGCCAAUGACCCGGCUUGUAUGCAUAAUGAUUUAAAUCACGACCCGGUGGCACAGGUUUGUGGUCUUGAUAAAAGAGGACGUGUAAGGGGGUUAGGUCAUAUUCCAAAAACUACCAUUAUUGCUUCAACCCCUUACAUUAAUGAAAUUAGAGAAAGAAAGGGCGAAAUUGCUGAGGUUAAAGCAUCAAUGAUUGUAUUAAAAGAGCAACUGGAAAACAAGUUCAACGAGUGCCAGAACAUGAUGUUGAACAUUGGAGAACGUUUGGUUGAAGUUCAGAAUCAAAUAAAUACUCUAGUUCAACCAAUGCAAUGCUCUCCUGGCACUGCUGGUUCUCAGGGGUUUUAUCGAUCUGGCGAUACCUCAAGUCAUCGUGAUGAGUCAGCUCCACCUCCACCUCCACUUCUACGGGUGGAACAAAUCUGUCAUUUGACAGAUAUUUGUAGUCGAGUUGUUGCACGUGGGCGUCUGAUUAGAGAUAAUGCAGGCAUCCCUCCAGAUUGCAUCAAAGUUAUAUUGGAUGUUGUUGAAGUUCCCAGUGCGAAUGUGUUUGGUGACAUUGAGAAGACGUUAGCCGAUUGCGACGUGGGUGAUGUUCUCGUUUGGCCUAGAGUGCUGACGAAAACAUAGAUAUUAAAGGAGUUUACUUAAAACUUUUCUUAAGUCAAGAACAUAUUUUUGUAAUUUGGUCAGGACAUGUGGAUUGUGUUUGAGGUUAUUUUGGAUAUUAUUUGACUAAAUCUUUAUCUUGAAAUAUUUAGUAGUUUUGC